AUGCUGCUCACCGUGUUCUGCCUGCGCCGCGACCGCAGCGAGCUCACCUUCUCCCUCCAGGUGGACGCCGACUUCGAACUGCAAAACUUCCGGGCUCUCUGCGAGCUGGAGUCCGGUAUCCCGGCGGCCGAGAGCCAGAUAGUCUAUGCGGAGCGGCCUCUAACUGACAACAACAGAUCUUUGGCUUCCUAUGGCUUGAAAGACGGGGACGUGGUGAUUUUGCGACAGAAAGAGACCGUAGAGCCACGGCCCUCCAUCCGUUUCCCAGGUCUGCCGAGGAUAGAUUUCAGCAGCAUCGCGGUUCCUGGGACAUCCACGCAGCAGCACCAGCCACCAGCACAGCGUCUUCGCCCGUCACCUCCCGAUGCACCUUCGUUCCCUCAGGGUUUGGACAAUCCGGCGCUGCUACGGGAGAUGUUGCUUGCGAAUCCCCACGAGCUGUCUCUGCUGAAGGAGCGCAAUCCGCCCUUGGCGGAAGCAUUGCUCAGCGGAGACCUCGAGAAAUUCACCAGGGUGUUGCUGGAGCAACAGCAGGACCGAGCCCGGCGGGAGCAGGAGAGGAUCCGACUCUAUUCAGCUGACCCUUUUGAUCUCGAGGCACAGGCCAAGAUAGAAGAAGACAUAAGGCAACAAAACAUUGAAGAAAACAUGACGAUAGCAAUGGAAGAGGCCCCCGAGAGUUUUGGCCAGGUGGUGAUGCUGUAUAUUAACUGCAAAGUCAAUGGACACCCAGUGAAAGCCUUUGUUGACUCAGGUGCCCAGAUGACCAUCAUGAGCCAAGCUUGUGCUGAAAGGUGCAACAUAAUGAGGCUGGUAGAUCGGCGGUGGGCCGGCAUCGCUAAAGGCGUAGGGACGCAGAAAAUAAUUGGCAGAGUGCACUUAGCUCAGGUCCAAAUUGAAGGGGAUUUCCUGGCGUGCUCCUUCUCAAUCCUUGAAGAGCAGCCGAUGGACAUGCUUCUAGGACUGGAUAUGCUGAAGAGGCAUCAGUGUUCGAUUGAUCUCAAGAAGAAUGUACUAGUGAUCGGCACGACUGGCUCGCAGACCACUUUCCUCCCGGAGGGCGAGCUCCCAGAGUGUGCCCGGCUGGCUUACGGGGCCGGGCGGGAAGACGUGCGGCCAGAGGAGAUUGCAGACCAGGAACUAGCAGAAGCAAUACAGAAGUCCGUAGAGGAAGCAGCUGCUGCUAGAUGGUACCAGGAAAGCCAAGUGAAAGAACAGGAAACGGGAGAGGGAGAGAACAUAAUUCAGGACCAAGGAAGCUCAGCUCCCCACAAGGCCUGUGUUCUUUCAUAACAGCUUGAAUUUUUGCUGCCUUCUGGUAGAUGAUACAACAGAAAUCGCUGCGUACAUCUGUAGGCUAUUAAAGUUCUUGUUUUGAAUGCA